AUGGGCCAGCCGUCGUUCCAGGCGUCGAACGCCCUCGUCUACGUAACAUAUGGAGUUUUUCUGGCGGUUGGGACAAGCGUUGCCUGGAAGUUCAGGAACCAGAGCAAAGGAGAGUUCCUGGCAGGCAACAGGACUCAGACGGCUCUGCCGCUCGCCUUGAACUUCAUCGCAUCCGGUGAGUGA